AUUUCACUCAGUAAUCAAUAUGAUUUUGAAAUGUAUAAUCCUUCUUUUCUUAGGAACAGAAGUUUUUGCUGGAAAGGUUAAAUAUGAAAAUUACAAAGUAUACGCAAUGACACCAAGCAAUAAUGAUCAUUUGGUACUGUUGGAAACUCUAGAAAAUAAUCAACAUGUCAACAUUUGGUUGAAUCCGAAACGACUAAAUGAAGUUCAUACUAUAAUGGUUUCGCCCAACUACCAAAACACAUUUGAAGAAUUGUAUAACGACCUUAGCCUUGAAGUGGUGAUUAAAGACGUGGAAUGUGCUAUUAACGAAGAAAAAAGGAAAAUACUGGAAGCAACCCCUUUAAACAGAGGUGAAGUGCGUUUUGACAGAUACAUGCGAUACAUUGAAAUUCAAAACUACCUUGAACGGAUCGCACUACAGUACAAAGAAAUCGUCAGUUUUGAGAAUUAUGGACUUUCCUAUGAAAAAAGAAAUUUAACCUUGGUUAAAAUAUCUACUGGGUUCGGCCUUGAUAAACCAACUAUACUAGUAGAUGCUGGAAUACAUGCACGUGAGUGGUUGGCUCCAGCUCAAGCAUUAUACAUAAUAAACCAACUAAUUAAAAAUGGCGAUAAUCGAAGAUUGAUAGAAAAUGUUAACUGGAUCAUCAUUCCUCUAAUCAAUCCAGAUGGAUACGAAUAUACGCAUACAACCGAUCGGUUAUGGCGAAAAACUCGUUCAAAGGGGAUCGUGUGCGAUGGAGUAGACGCAAAUCGAAAUUUUGACUUCCACUGGUCGGAAGAAGGAGGUGACAGGGAUGAAUGUUCAGAAAACUACGCGGGUCCAAAAGCAUUUUCAGAACCGGAAACUACCGCGCUUAGCAGAGUUAUUUUAAAGUAUGCAAGAAAUACAAAGUUGUAUCUCAGUAUUCACACACCGCUUUUGGCUCUUUUACAUCCAUGGGGCUAUACAUCAGAUUCGCCACCAAAUAGAGACGAGUUACGUGAUCUUGGAUUAAGUGCAUCUGAUGCUAUUUAUGCCGUAAAUGGGACUCGGUAUAAGGUCGGAAGCUCCGUGGAGAUUUUUACCCACACAGCGGGAUCGAGUCGUGAUUGGGCUUAUGGUUUUGCUAACAUCAGUCUUUCGUACACUGUUGAACUACCGCCGGGUCCACAUAACGUUCAUCAAAUGCCUCCUGAAAACAUUCUGAGGGUUGUUACCGAAACGUUCGAGGGAAUAAAAGUUUUUCACAAUUAUGUUAACCAUCGUCGCACUUAAUCUACAUAUCAUGAAUUCUUGCCAAACUAAUUAAUGCGGUUAUAAUCAAUGUGCGCGGCCUGAGUUACUUUGUCUUUAAUUGAAUAAAUCACUUGGUUAUUUCAAUAAUCCAUUAUAA